AUGGUGAGACCUAAGGAUAAAUUUCGGGAACAUGUAGAGCAACGUGGUUUGGGUCGUUUCACAUAUAACUAUUGUGGACUUAAUUAUUCUGGGAGUGUUUCACGAAUGAAGGCUCAUUUAGCUUGUCAAUCUGGACAUGAUGUUCAAAUUUGCACCCAAGUUCCUGAGCACAUUCAAGCUGAUGUCCUGUUUGAUUCAUGGAAAAAAGCAGAAAUCAUGCAAUAUGUUAGCAACAUAAAGGCGACAUGGGGUAUCACAGGUUGCACAAUUAUGUCCGAUUCUUGGACUGACAUAAAGAAGAGGUCGUGGGUUAAUGUGAUUGCUUACUCUCCUGGGGGUGCUGUGUUUUUUAAAUGUAUUGAGUGCGGUAUAAAUAGAUUAACUUCAACAUUCCUUUUCAAUGAAAUUUCUGAUGUUAUUGAAGAAGUUGGACCAAAUAAUGUUGUGCAAUUUAUUUCAGAUAAUGGUUCUAACUUUUGUUCUUGUGGUGAAAUGUUGACUGAAAAAUGGCGUCAUAUGUAUAGAACAAAUUGUGCUACUCAUGGGAUUAAUCUGCUUUUGAAAUAUAUUCACAAAAAAGUUAAAUGGGUGAGGGAAGUUAUAAAAGAUGAAAAACUUGUAGUGGAUUAUAUUCACAAGCACACAAGUAUUGUAGCAUUGAUGAGAAAAUUCACCAACAAUAGAGAUAUCAAGCAGCCUUGCAAGACAAGAUACAUUUUGGGAGGGGCAAAGGAAGUUGUUGCUUUCAUGGAGCCACUUAUUCGUAUUAUUUGCCUUGUUGAUUCAGAUGGUUCUACUACAGGUUACUUAUAUGAAGCAACAAAAAGGGCAAAAGAAACAUUGAGGAAAUUUGUGGAGAAGGAUGGAGGGAAGUAUUUAGCCAUAAUGGACUUGUUUCAAUUUAGGUUAGAGAAGAACAUUAUUCAUCAUGUUCAUGUCUUUGGUGUACUUUUGAAUCCUUCUAUUAUAUUUGGUGGUCAACUUGAUAUUGAUGGAACUAAAUUUAUGAAUGCAAAAGAAUUUAUUAUGGACAUCAUGGUUCCUUUAGAAGAUUGUGAGCAAUUCAUGCAAGAAGUCAUUGAUUAUCGCAUGAAAAGUCCAUCGUUGUUCAAUAUGACAGGGUGGACAAUGAUGAAAAUUAACCAUCCAAGGAUUUGGUGGCAAUUUGUUGGUAGUGCAUUUCCUGUGCUUCAAAAUAUUGCUUGUAGAAUCUUGAGUCAACCUUGUAGUUCCUCUCCUUGUGAGUGUAAUUGGAGUGCUUGGGAUGUAGCACGAAUAAAGAAAAGAAAUAGAUUAGCCCCAGAGAUGCUAGAAGAUUUGGUGUACAUCAGGAUGAACUCUAUGAUGAGGGAGAACUAUGAAAGCCAACUACAUAAAGAUUCAAGGCCUAUUGAUUUAAACAAUCUUGGUGACUUACCUAUAGUAGACUUUGAGCUUGAAAUGGAGAGGCUUGAGCAGACGUACGAGGAACUCCAACCAUCUGACACUGGAGCUGGUGAAGGAUCUACUUCAUAUAGUUUAAUGCCUCCUCAUUGA